UUCCGUGAGUCUCCCAGGCUUUUAGUUCUAAAGUAAACCGCUCUGGAGUGCUUAUUUUCGGAUUAUUUCAGUCGUGUGCUUUGGUGAUCACUAAAGUCUGUCCGCGUUUAGUUGUAAAGUUUAUUUCUCGUAUUUUUGGUGUGUUUGGUGUAUUUUUUGCUGUUUUCGGCAUGGUUUUCUUCACUUGUAACGCCUGUGGAGAGUCCUUUAAGAAAGCACAAGUGGACAAACACGUGAACAUGUGCCGAGGAUGCCAGACCCUCUCCUGCAUUGACUGUGGCAAAGAUUUCUGGGGGGAUGACUACAAGAACCAUGUGAGGUGCAUCAGUGAGGAUCAGAAAUAUGGUGGGAAAGGAUACGAGGCCAAAGCCAAUAAAGGAGACGUCAAACAGCAGCAAUGGCUCCAGAAAGUUCAAGUUGCUCUGAAUAAACCUGGAGUCAGUAUGAGUUUGAAGAACGUUCUCCAACAGGUGGCAACAUAUGACAACGUUCCUCGAAAGAAGGCAAAGUUCCAGAACUGGAUGAAGAACAGUUUGAAGAUCUCCAACUGCAGUUUACAGGAAGAAGUUUGGAACAUCCUCUCAGCAGAAUCUGAACCUCAGGUGAGCACAGCUCCACAAAAGCUCACAGAGAUGGAAGCAAACAACAAAAUCUCAGAGAAGAAAAAACUGAACAAACACAAACGUAAAGAGGCAAGAAGACAAAAGAAUGGAGCACCGGACUUAAACCAGGACUUAAAUCAGGACUUAAACCAGGACUUAAAUCAGGACUUAAAUCAGGACUUAAAUCAGGACUUAAACCAGGACUUAAACCAGGACUUAAACCAGGACUUAAACCAGGACUUAAACCAGGACUUAAACCAGGACUUAAACCAGGACUUGGACUUGGACACAGCGCCAAAGAAGGAGAGGAAGAGGAAGCACAUACAUGAUGAACAGAACAGCACUGAGAACAAGAAGACCAAGACCAAAGAUUCAAGUGAAGACAACCAAGCACCAGAGGAGGCUGAAGAACAGGCAGCAAAUACAGGAAAGUUCAACUGGAAAGGCAAUAUCAAAGCACUUCUGAGACAAUCAGAGGGCCAAGAAUUACCCAUGAAGAAACUACGGAAGAGGGUAAUGGCUGCGUACUACUCGUUCACAGGAGACUCUGGUCAUAAAUCUAAGGAGGAGGUUCUGGCACUUUUCUACCAAAAAAUCCACAACAAUCCAAAGUUUACAGUUUUGAAAGACAGAGUCAGACUUAUAAAAUAAUUUUCUGUUGUUCAGUCCCUGUCAUCUGUUUUUUACAAAAAAUAUUAUUGUAUCACAAUAUUAAUUUAAAACAACUUAAUAAAAGAAACCAGUCUGCUUCUGCAUUAGAA